AAAUCUAGACAACAAACACAUUCUCGAACACACACAUCAAAAAGAAAAUUAUCACACAACGAAUGAAUUGAAUCAUUGAUGGUAUCGAACUCGCACUAAAUUAAAUUUUCAAAACAAUUCAAUUGAUAAAUCAAACACACACAAACACUCUCUCACUCAAAGAAUGCGGACGGACAAUUCACAGCAUCAUUCUUCUUGUGACAUCACACCGCCUCCGACCGACACACCCACCACCGUAAACCACCAUCUCUAAACAAACACACACUCCAAAGAUUCAUUAUUUUCUUUCAAGAUAUGCAAAACCCACCACCACCACCAACCACCACCACCUCAACUACCACAAUCUACACCAUCUUAACAAUAACCACCAUCUUUUUCCUUGUUUUUUUCUUCUCUCCGUUCCCAUCGCCCCCUCCGCCGCCGUCUUUCUCCGACCCAUAUCUAUUCCCCCACCGCCAAUCGACCGCCCAAUAUCACAACCACCAACUCCUAUUCAUCAACAACAAAACAAGUGACCCAUCACCACCUGCAUCACCCACCAUCGCAUAUUUCAUAUCGGGAUCUUCAAACGAUUCGGGUCGGAUCCUCCGGCUGCUGCUGGCUGUUUACCAUCCAAGAAACCAGUAUUUAUUACACCUUGACCGUUCUGCCCCUCAAAAAGAACGUGACUUGUUAGCACUGAAAGUGCAAUCAAUAGGGGUGUUUUGGGCAGCACAGAAUGUGAACGUGGUUGGGAAAGCGGAUAUAGUAUCAGCCAAAGGGUGCUCAACCAUAUCAUCCACAUUACACGGUGCUGCCAUUUUGUUGAAGCUUUCUUCUGAUUGGGAUUGGUUUAUUAAUCUUUCUCCUUUUGAUUAUCCCCUUGUUACUCAAGAUGAUCUUCUUCAUAUUUUAUCAUACUUGCCUAAAGAUCUCAACUUUGUGAAUCACACAAGCUAUAUUGGCUGGAAAGAGUCGCGGAUUUUGAAACCAGUGGUUGUUGACCCAGGGCUAUAUCUUGCUGAACAUAGUGAGAUCUUUUAUGGCACCCAAAGACGGCCAUUACCAGAUGCAUACCGGCUGUUCACAGGUUCACCAACAUCUAUAUUGAGCCGCAAGUUUGUGGAGUUUUGCAUCUUAGGAACAGAAAACUUACCCCGGACCUUACUUAUGUACUUAUCUAACAGUCUUUCAUCCCAAUCUGUAUACUUUCCAACUGUUCUAUGUAAUUCUCCCCGAUUAAACAAAACAGUCGUUAACCACAAUUUGCAAUAUUCUGCAUAUGAGACCAAAUACGAACCAAGGACACUCCACUCAGACGACUUUAAUGACCUCACCAACAGUGGUUCAGCCUUUGCUUCUCCGUUUCUUCCUGAUGAUCCAAUUCUUGACCGUAUUGACCAGGAGCUGCUGAACCGUGUCCAGGGCAAAACGGUUCCAGGUGGCUGGUGUUUAGGUGACUCUAAGGAAGAAGCUUGUUCAAUUUGGGGUGAUGCUGAUGUUUUGAAACCUGGUCCAGGAGCCAAUAGGCUGGAGCAGCGCAUGGUGGAGUUACUCUCAAAUGAGACUUUAAACUCGCAUCAGUGUAUUUUCGAAUGACAUAAAGUGAUACUUUGAAGGUAUUUAGCCCAUUUGAGUUGGGGUGUCAUUUAUUAUAGAUUUACACUUAAAAAAUUUGUUGUAUAUUGUUACUGUUUUUUCAUCAAUGGAGAUGAUUUAUUCUCUUUU